AUGGCAACAUUCCUGAACGAGCAGCUGGAUCUCAUCACGUCAUGGUGUGAAACAUCAUCUCUGUGGUCCCUGAUUGGGACUGCAGUCAUUUUAGUUGGAGUAUGUGCCGCAGUGCGACGUUGGCUUGAACGCUCUUCAGCUCCAACAUUAUCCAAUCUCGAAGAUGAAACGGAUAUUAAGAAUCCGACAAUUAAACCAUUAAUGGACUUUGAUUGGCAAAAUACUGAACCAUUACAACUUCGUUCGUUCCAAGGAAAACAUAAAUACAACCUGACUAUGGUUAGCACAAGCCUUUUACAUGAUCAACAGUGUUGUGCUAACGCCCCCCAAGCAAUCGAGAACCUAGAUCCGUCCGAGAUGAUACCCAUGGAUAAGACAUACAAAGACAGACUAGCACUUCGUCAGAAGAUCUUGAAAGAGCAUCACGAUAUAGCAGUAGCAGUCAACGAAUCCGCAACAGCAGACCCUCGCACCGACAGCGCUGUCAGCGAGCUUUAUUUGUUUAUACUAGGGAAAUACCUUCCAGGCCGCUAUCCAAGCAUGUUCAAACUACAUCCAAGCACGAAAGAAAAACCAGAACACUUCGAGAACCUCGUCACCGGCGCAUCUUGGCCGAUAAAAGUUAGUGCUGAGAUGUCCACGAUCCAUGCACUGGAGAUCCUGGCACAGACCGUGGAUGAAGAGUUCUUAAUUCUUCUUCCUGAUUUAUCUUCUCCCAAUCAGCCAAAGUAUAUACUUCAGGCAUACGCUACAUGUUUUCCGUCUGGAUUUAACACGCGUCAGAAGCUUGGUCUUCGUCUUGCAGAUAUUCAUGGCCCCGUACCUAAGUAUGCAGAGAAACUUGAACGUAGUAUGGAUCGUUUUUUCGCGAAGAUUGAAGUUGGGAGGGUUGUGAAGAGGGUCAACUGGAGUAUCAAUACUGAGGGAACGGGACUGUUCCAUGCAUUUGAUUCGGAGAAGGAAGUGCAAACUAUAAAGCCGGGUGAAUUGAAUGUUAAUCAGACAUUCUUGCGUUCUGAGCGCCAAACUCUUCACCGAUUACCGCAUUCCAAGGCGCUUAUUUUUGCUUUCCAUACAUAUCUCUACCCUUUACAGGAAAUCAAGGACGAAGGACUAGGAGAGGAGCUUGCUGUGGCGAUUGAAGGUCUGAACAAAGGCAAUGUACCGGGCAUUUACGAGUAUAAGGAUGGGGACUACUGGGGAGAGGCUACCAAGCACUUUUUACGAUCUUAG